CGGGAUUCAGGAAGCGCCGCGCCGUCCAGGAGCCGUUUACUCUGUUCCCCACUGGAAGAUCAACCCCAGGCGGGCAGGGACUUUUCUCGGAGUCCCUUGUACCUGGCACGCUGAAGGUGCUCAGUAAACAUUUGGCCGAGCAGUGCAGACAGGUCCCGGGCCGGCAUGGCGGAUCCCAACGAAGGCCCCCACACAGGGCCCGGGGAGGUGGCCGAGAGCCCCGGGGAUGAGAGCGGCACCCCUGGCGGCGAGGCCUUCCCCCUCUCUUCGCUGGCCAACCUGUUUGAGGGGGAGGAUGGUUCCCCUUCCCCCUUCCCGGCUGACACGGGUCGCCCUGCCGGCCCGGGUGACGGGCGACCAAACCUGCGCAUGAAGUUCCAGGGUGCCUUCCGUAAGGGGGUGCCCAACCCCAUCGACCUCCUGGAGUCCACCCUGUAUGAGUCCUCGGUGGUGCCUGGACCCAAGAAGGCACCCAUGGACUCGCUCUUUGACUAUGGCACCUAUCGUCAGCACCCCAGUGACAACAAGCGGUGGAGGAAGAAGGUCACCGAGAAGCAGCCGCAGAGUCCCAAAGCUCCCGCACCCCAGCCGCCCCCCAUCCUUAAGGUCUUCAACCGGCCUGUCCUCUUUGACAUCGUGUCCCGAGGCUCUACUACCGACCUGGAUGGGCUGCUUCCCUUCCUGCUGACCCACAAGAAGCGGCUGACUGACGAGGAGUUCCGGGAGCCGUCCACAGGGAAGACCUGCCUGCCCAAGGCCCUGCUGAAUCUGAGCAAUGGCCGCAAUGACACUAUCCCUGUGCUCCUGGACAUUGCUGAGCGGACGGGCAACAUGCGGGAGUUCAUCAACUCGCCCUUCCGGGACAUCUACUACCGAGGUCAGACCGCCCUGCACAUCGCCAUCGAGCGGCGCUGCAAACACUACGUGGAGCUCCUGGUGGCCCAAGGCGCUGAUGUCCAUGCCCAGGCCCGGGGGCGCUUCUUCCAGCCCAAGGACGAGGGAGGCUACUUCUACUUCGGCGAGCUGCCCCUGUCGCUGGCAGCCUGCACCAACCAGCCCCACAUCGUCAACUACCUGACGGAGAACCCGCACAAGAAGGCCGACAUGCGGCGGCAGGACUCCCGCGGCAACACGGUGCUGCACGCGCUGGUGGCCAUUGCCGACAACACCCGCGAGAACACCAAGUUCGUCACCAAGAUGUACGACCUCCUGCUGCUCAAGUGUGCCCGCCUCUUCCCUGACAGCAACCUGGAGGCCGUGCUCAACAAUGACGGGCUCUCGCCCCUCAUGAUGGCGGCCAAGACGGGCAAGAUUGGGAUCUUUCAGCAUAUCAUCCGCCGGGAGGUGACAGACGAGGAUACGAGACACCUGUCCCGCAAGUUCAAGGACUGGGCCUAUGGGCCGGUGUAUUCCUCGCUGUAUGACCUCUCCUCCCUAGACACGUGUGGGGAAGAGGCCUCUGUGCUGGAAAUCCUGGUGUAUAACAGCAAGAUCGAGAACCGCCACGAGAUGCUGGCCGUGGAACCCAUCAAUGAGCUGCUGCGGGACAAGUGGCGCAAGUUUGGCGCUGUGUCCUUCUACAUCAAUGUGGUCUCCUAUCUGUGCGCCAUGGUCAUCUUUACCCUCACCGCCUACUACCAGCCGCUGGAGGGCACCCCCCCGUACCCUUAUCACACCACUGUGGACUACCUGAGGCUGGCUGGCGAGAUCAUCACGCUCUUCACCGGGGUCCUGUUCUUCUUCACCAACAUCAAAGACUUGUUCAUGAAGAAAUGCCCAGGAGUGAAUUCUCUCUUCAUUGAUGGCUCCUUCCAGCUACUCUACUUCAUCUACUCCGUGCUGGUGAUUGUCUCGGCGGCCCUCUACCUGGCGGGCAUUGAAGCCUACCUGGCUGUCAUGGUCUUUGCCUUGGUCCUGGGCUGGAUGAACGCCCUCUACUUUACCCGCGGGCUGAAGCUGACGGGAACCUAUAGCAUCAUGAUCCAGAAGAUCCUCUUCAAAGACCUUUUCCGCUUCCUGCUGGUCUACUUGCUCUUCAUGAUUGGCUACGCUUCAGCCCUGGUGUCCCUUCUGAACCCAUGUACCAACAUGAAGGUGUGCAGUGAGGACCACACCAACUGCACGGUGCCCACAUACCCCUCGUGCCGUGACAGCGAGACGUUCAGCACAUUCCUCCUGGACCUCUUCAAGCUGACCAUCGGCAUGGGCGACCUGGAGAUGCUGAGCAGCACCAAGUACCCGGUGGUCUUCAUCAUCCUGCUGGUCACCUACAUCAUCCUCACCUUCGUGCUGCUCCUCAACAUGCUCAUCGCCCUCAUGGGAGAGACGGUGGGCCAGGUCUCCAAGGAGAGCAAGCACAUCUGGAAGCUGCAGUGGGCCACCACCAUCCUGGACAUUGAGCGCUCCUUCCCCGUGUUCCUGAGGAAGGCCUUCCGCUCUGGUGAGAUGGUGACCGUGGGCAAGAGCUCGGACGGCACCCCAGACCGCAGGUGGUGCUUCAGGGUGGACGAGGUGAACUGGUCUCACUGGAACCAGAACUUGGGCAUCAUUAACGAGGACCCGGGCAAGAGUGAGAACUACCAGUACUAUGGCUUCUCGCACACCGUGGGCCGCCUCCGGAGAGAUCGCUGGUCCUCGGUGGUGCCGCGCGUGGUGGAACUGAACAAGACCUCGAACCCAGACGAAGUGGUGGUGCCUCUGGACAACAUGGGGAACCCCAGCUGCGACGGCCACCAUCAGAGUUACCCCCCCAAGUGGAGGACUGAUGACGCUCCCCUCUAGGGGCUGUGGGCGGGGCAGGGUCUCUGGCCUGCAGCCCAAGCCCGUCCCUCCACCCGCCUGUUUCUACCCCACCUGCAUUUCAGCGGUGCCUCCCGGGGGCGUCCCUCACGUGCUCCUUUGACCUCCAGAGGCGAGGGCUGGACGCAGAUGAAGGGGAGGCCCCAGGACCCUCUGGCCCCCAGGCUCCUGCCCCCAGCUCCGCCUCCCCACCCGGGGCAUGAGGCUCCUGACUGCCUGUCUCACUCCCAUGGAGUCACAUAAGCCAAGGCAAGGGCCUCUCUGCCCACGGGGGCUCAGUGCCCUGCCUCUCCAUUAUUUAUUUGCUCUGCUCUCAGGAAAGUGGUAUGAUCCUUGCCCUCAGAGGGAUCUGGCAGAGGCCUCAGGACCCCAUUCCGGGUCACCGCCGUCCAACCCCGGCCCCAGCCUGGGCCCUGGGCUGCACACGGCACCCUGUGCAGCAGCAUGCUGGCUUUGCGCUGGGGUGGGGCCAUGCCUUCAGUGUGUUCUGUAAAUGGUCUGGUGUUUGUCGGUGCCCAAUAAAUGUUCAUUCACUGAUGGUGAAGAUGGUAGGGAUGAUGAUGGGGGGAGUGGUGAUGGGCAUGGGGAUGACAGCAGCGAGACGGGGGAGCUCAGAAAUGCUGGUGGGGGGCAGGGAUGAGAAUGAGGAGCAUGGUAGUGACCAAGGUGGUGUUUAGGGUGAUGGCUGGAGGCUGGACUCAGGGCGGCGGUGGUGGUGUGAGCCUAAGAGAUGUGAGUGAGGUUGGAGUGGAGGAAGAAGAUGGAGUCAAAGGAAGAGGGGGAAGAGCAAUGUUGGCUGGGUAGGGGAGUAAUGCUGGGCAGAGUAAUGUUAGUGGCGGGGAGAGAACAGAGGUGUAGGGAGAGUCAUGUUGGCAGGAAAGAGUAAUGUUGGUAGGAGAGAGUAAUGUUUGUGGGAAAGAGUAAUAUUGGUGGGGGAGAGUAAUGGUGGAGAAGAGUAAUGCUGAUGGGGAAGAGUAAUUAAUGUUGGUGUGGGAGAGUAAUGUUGGUGGGAAAGAGUAAUGUUAGUGGGAAAGAAUAGUGGGGGGAGAGUAGUGUUGAUGGGAGGAGAGUAAUGCUGGUGCAGAUUAAUGUUGGUAGGGGGAUAGUAAUGCUGGUGGCUAGAGUAAUGGUGGGAGGAGAGUAAUAUUGGUGGAAAGAGCAAUGGUCGGGAGAGUAAUAUUGAUGGAAAGAGUAAUAUUGGUGGGAAGAGUAAUACUGGUGUGAGAAGAGUAAUGUUGGUGGGAAAGAGUAAUGGUGAGAAUGAGUAAUGUUGGGGAGAGUAAUACUGAUGGAAAGGGUAUCAGAGGGAAAGGGUAUUAUUGGAGGGAGAGAGUAUUAUUAUUCCCCUGCAGGUGGGAAUAAUGCAGGUGGAAGAGUAAUGUUGGUUGGGAAAAGUAAUGUUGGUGGGAGGAAAGUAAUGCUGGGGCAGAUCAAUGUUGGUGGGGUGAGUAGUGAGGGUGGGUGGAGUCAUCAUGGUGGGAGGAGAGUAAUAUUGGUAGAAAGGGUAAUAUUGGUGGGGGAGAGUAAUGCAGGUGGGCGGAGUAAGAUUGGCGGGAAGGAUUACUCUCCUCGGCUUGAGGAGAGUAAUGGUGGUGUUGCUUCUCGUGUCCCUUUUUACGAGGGCGGAAACCUUUCCCGAAUGACCUCCCCUCUUGUAUUAUUGGCCAGAAUAGCAUCACGUGUCUCCUGCUUCAGCCAAUCAGCAGGCAGGAAGCUGCAGGGUCCUAAAGCUGACGGACAAAUGGAGAAAGGUAGUUUCUCCUGCCAGGAAUCCGUAAUGACUGGGCCGGCUGGUGGAUGUUGCAGGCCUUUUUCCAGAUGCCCACCCUUCACCUCAACGACUUUACGACACCUGCUAAUCGCUCGGGACCUCCGAGAGGCAGAGCUGGAGCCGGGGAGGGCAUUGGCUUCCCCCAGGCCACAGGGACUGGAAUGGGGGCAUUUCCCGAGGAGACUUGCAACGUCAGUACCUGUGCCAAACCGUGUCAAUGGCCCGCUUCCCCACUCUUCGCUCUGCCCGUGAAUUUGCAAGAGAGCCUUAUGGAGUUCUCCCACUGUGGGCAAAGCACAAUUUUGCAUCCCUGGCUUGACUGUGAGAUUUGUUUUAAUCAAUGGCAUGUUAAGGGGGCUAGCCCCUCCCCCCCCAAAGGAGGCUGAGAGAUCCAUGCAGCGCAGCAAGCCUGGGUGACAUCAGAGGAACCCCAAAGAUGCAUGAGAAAGAAUCGUUCUCCCAUGCCAAUGAGUUUUUGCAGUGGUUAUUUCUUUUUAAGGGCAGGCAUCGAUUUUUGUGGCAAUCACUAAUGGAUGCAGAAUAUCCACUACACCCCAUGUUUCAGAUGAGGAAACCAGGGCUCAGAGAAGUGAAGACUCUUACCCAGGGCACCUGGAUGGGAAGUGGUAGAGGUGGGAUUUGAAUGCUUGUAGGGGCUCGGAGCC